UGCAGGGAGGCGUACAGCUGUAAAACGCAUUGGGGAGGCAGAGCAGUGUCGAGUGUCGACGAGAGCAUAUUCUACGCCCAUCGCCAUAGUCAAUCUCCUUUUGCUGCUGCUCUCGCUUCCCACUGUUACUCUCCUUCUUGUUCUACUCGAAUCAAAUCUCCAAUCUCUAGAUUAUUAUUGCUAAACCCUAAUCCCUAUUUAUAUAUUUUGCAUAAAUUGGUUGAUUGUUGAAGGGAAGAUUUUUCUGCCAUGGAAGGGGGAGGAGGAACAGGAGCAGGGACGCCGGCGAACGGCGCUGCGGUCGGCGUCCGGAUCCAACAGAGCCGGAGGCUUCCAGAUUUCCUCCAGAGUGUCCACUUAAAGUACGUGAAAUUGGGUUACCAUUACUUGAUCUCUCAUUUAUUAACUCUGUGUUUAGUACCGAUCAUGGCUAUCGUGAUUAUCGAAGCUUCUCAAAUGAAUCCCGACGAUUUACGCCAAGUGUGGCUGCAUUUGCAAUACAAUCUCGUUUCGGUUAUCAUUUGCUCCGCUUUCGUAGUUUUCGGAUCCACCGUUUACAUCAUGACUCGCCCCCGUCCCGUUUACUUGGUUGAAUAUUCCUGUUAUCGUCCUCCGGAUUCUCUCAAGGCGCCGUUAAGCAAGUUUAUGAAGCAUUCUCGGUUGACAGGGGAUUUCGAUGAAUCCUCGCUCGAGUUUCAGAGGAAGAUUCUGGAAAGGUCUGGGCUCGGCGACGAGACCUAUUUUCCAGAAGCCUUGCAUCAUCUUCCACCCAGUCCGUCGAUGCAGGCUGCUCGGGAGGAAGCUCAGCAGGUGAUGUUUGGGGCUCUGGACAAUCUGUUCCAGACUACAAAGGUCAAGCCUAAGGAUAUUGGGGUUUUGGUUGUGAAUUGCAGCUUAUUUAAUCCAACACCUUCUUUAACUGCUAUGAUUGUGAACAAGUACAAAUUGAGGGGGAAUAUCAGGAGUUUCAAUCUUGGGGGUAUGGGGUGCAGUGCAGGGGUGAUUGCAAUUGAUUUGGCUAAGGAUAUGCUGCAGGUGCAUAGGAAUACCUAUGCUGUUGUUGUUAGCAUGGAGAAUAUUACACAGAAUUGGUAUUUUGGGAACAAGAAAGCCAUGCUGAUACCGAAUUGUCUCUUCAGAGUCGGGGGUGCUGCGAUUUUGCUGUCGAACAAGGCGGGGGAGAAGAGGAGGGCCAAGUACAAGCUUGUUCAUGUGGUGAGGACGCAUAAGGGUGCGGACGAGAAGGCUUAUCGAUGUGUGUAUCAGGAGGAGGAUGGGUCGGGGAAGACAGGAGUUUCUCUGUCGAAAGAUAUCAUGGCCAUUGCAGGUGGGGCUUUGAAGACCAAUAUUACGACCUUGGGUCCCAUUGUUUUGCCGAUAAGCGAGCAGCUUUUAUUCUUUGCUACACUGGUGAUCAAGAAGUUCUUUAAGAAGAAUGUGAAGCCUUAUAUCCCGGAUUUUAAGCUGGCUUUCGAUCAUUUCUGCAUACAUGCCGGAGGAAGAGCUGUGAUCGAUGAGCUGGAGAAGAAUCUGCAGCUGCAACCGGUGCACGUUGAAGCUUCAAGAAUGACUCUCCAUCGAUUUGGCAACACUUCAUCAAGCUCCAUUUGGUACGAACUGGCAUACAUCGAGGGCAAAGGGAGGAUCCGGCGAGGCCAUAGAAUCUGGCAGAUUGCAUUCGGCAGCGGCUUCAAAUGUAACAGCGCUGUGUGGCAGGCGCUCCGCAAUGUCAAGCCUUCGAAAAACAGCCCUUGGCACGAUUGCAUCGACAGGUAUCCCAUGAACAUAGAAUCUUUUAACACAUGAUACCAUCAUCCAUCAUUGAUUUGGUGUUGUACUACUGUAUUAUCUCUUUCAUGUUCUCUGUAUCUGCUAGAGCUGUUACAUUAGGCAAUAUCCAAUCUUGGGGGUUGUAAUAUUGCAACAUACUUCCUAUAUUUAUCAUCUUUAGAAACUGUCCUUUAACCAGGAUGUAGUAAAUUUCUGAUCACUCGUCACUUC